GCAACCCGCAAUACACGAAACAUGGUUAAGAGUAGUGCCACGUUCGUUGCAUGUUUUGUACCAACUUUUGUUUUUUUCUGCAUUUUAUUAUGUGAAACCGGGGCCCAAUCGACUGUACCAUGGUACGAAAAUCUCCCAGCUGUGGCCAUGGACUAUAAGGUCCAUAUAGACCCAGGGAAAGAGGACUGUUAUUACCAAUAUGUUAACCCCGGUGCCACUUUUUACGUCAGUUUUCAAGUGGUGCGAGGUGGGGACGGCAUGGCGGGCUUUGCGGUACGUCACCCCUCGGGGCAAAUUGUACACCCCUAUCAAUGGAAGCCGAACAGCGAGUACCAAGAUCAAACCUCCACAGGGGGCUAUUAUUCCGUGUGUAUAGAUAAUCAGUUUUCGAGGUUUGCGGGCAAACUUGUUAAUAUUUAUAUCACGGUCGUCAGGUACGACAUGUGGGAGAAGUACACAAAGGAAAUUGACGAGCUUAACAUGAACAUGGAGAACUUUACGAACACUAUUGUGACAGUGGAUCGCAACAUUAAUGACAUACUGCAGUAUCAACACCAUUCAAGGGCGCGCGAAGCGUGGGAUUUCAAUCUAUUACAAGAUAACAACACUUAUGUCGUCCGCUGGUCUAUUAUUCAGAUAAUUGUGAUCAUGGCGACCACCGCAGUUCAGGUUUAUUUUGUCCGGAAGUUGUUCGAUAUCAAGUCGGGAAGCAGUCGGUCGCGGAUUUAGCUCGGUUGUGCGUAACUUGUUAUUUAUUUUUUUAUACAAGGCUGUAUUGUGCUAUUAUUUACGUAACUUAAGGCCAAAAUAAACGACAAUUAAAAAAUA